CCCACUCUAGCCCCACCGCAACGUCAGAUGAAGGACGGAGGAUCGGCUCGGAACGGAGUGGGAAGCGGGCAAGAAGGGGGUUGACAUCUGUCUACAAAUAUCCAACCAUCCCGCUUAUCUAUAAACCACUGCUUCCCGCUCCUCCGCACCUGCCACAGACACACACAACACCAACACCACCACCAACUCCAAAGUCACCAUGUCGGAACAGAUUGUCUUGUUCGAUAUUCCCAGCAGGGAGCGCAGCUGCUGGUCGCUCAACCCGUGGAAGACCCGGAUGCUCCUAAACUACAAGGGCCUCGACUACCGCACAGAAUGGCUCGAAUACCCCGAAGUCAAGCCCGCCCUCGAACCACACGUACCCCCCAACCCAACCGGCAUCCCCUACACGGUCCCCACCAUCCGCCAGCCCUCCGGCAGCUACAUCAUGGAAUCGCGCGCCAUCGCCAACACCCUCGAAACCCUGCACCCCUCCCCGCCCCUCCACCUCGACGCGCCCGUGCUUGCCGAGCUCGAGGCGCUGAUGCAGCGCAUGAUGGGCCAGCUGGGCGCCGAGAUGCUGCUGCGCGUGCCGCAGCGGGUGCUGGGCCCCGCGAGCGUGCCGUUUUGGAUGGAGGACCGCAAGGCGUGGGUGGGUGGGGUGGAGCUGGAGGCGUAUGCGGCGGGCGUGGAUCGCGGGAAGAUGUGGGAGGAGGCGGAGGUGGUGUUGAGGGAGGCGACGGGGUUGUUGAAGAAGGGGGGUAAAGAGGCGGAGGGGCCGUUCUUUUUGGGGAGGGAGGUGAGUUAUGCGGAUUUUGUGUGGGGGGGGUUUUUGGUGUUUGUGAAGGCGCAGGGGGAGGACUUUUUUGAGGAGCUGUUGAGGAGGACGGGGGAUGCGGAGGCGCAUAGGAGGUUGUUGGAGGCGGUUGGGCCGUGGAUGAAGAGGUCGAGUCAUUAGGUAACUAGAGAUUGGUUGAAGGUGAAGAGCGAGGUGGAGACGAGGUGGUAGUGUAGACGGCGAGACAGGGUACUGGGUAGCUUCCU